UUUACACACUACACCUUGAGCAAUGGCGUCUUCUAUUUCACACGAAACAUGUUGACUAUUUAUUAGUUUUUUCAUGAUUUUUAAAAAAUAAAAACUCACUUAUAUGACAAUGGCAUGUUCUCAAAGGAGGUUAAAGAUGUGAUUUGAAGAGCAGUCUUGGUGUUUAUUGCUUGAUUAUUUAGCUUGUGUGCACCUAAUAUAGGAAUGGUCAGCCCAAUCUUACUGUGCAUGGCCUUUAUUUGGGUCUGGUCUCACCAAAGUACCAAAACAAAUGGCCAUUUUGAAAACUCGUUGAUAAGACAACUUCACCAAGGUUCAGAGGAAACAAUUUCAAAUGAUUAUGUAAAGAGGAGUGACUUGCCCCUUACCCGAGAAAUCACUCCAUACACUAAAGUACCAUUAAACAGUAAAGGUGUUUUCAUUAUGCAAAAUGCACUCUUCAACGGAAGGGAACAAAAUUGUGGCUUUGGUAGUUUCUUAAACAAUGCAGGAAAGUGCCAAAAAUGUGGUGUUUGUUCCCAACAAGAUCUACUCAUCUCACAUUGCUCUGCUGAUCAUGACACAAUCUGUGAAUCAAAGUCAGAUCACUGCUUUAAGUUACACAGAGACAAACAUUAUGCUAGUCUUCAGCACAAGAUGUUUUGUAAAACUUUGGAUCUGCUGGACGCUACAAUUUAUAAGGAACUAUUAGAUAAAGGUUUAAAUAAUGGCUUACAUAACAAGCUCGUUCGUAAGAUCCGUGGAAAUAGACAAACCACCACAGUACGUCCUAAUGUCACAGAGGCAAGAUCCCGUAUAAAAGUAAUGUCACCUGCAGCAGAGGAUAAAAGUAAUGCUCCCGCAUCGACUUCAGGUAUGUCAACAUGGGUCUAUAUCACCAUUGGUGUUGGUCUCAUUGUGAUGUUAGUUUUGAUAUUUGGAGCAACAAUAAUUUAUAGAAGAAGACGACAGAGGUCGCCCAAGCACUCCAAGAAAACAAAGGGUCUUACUUCGGAGUCAAGAAAUAAUGGAGAAAGAGGAACACAUCCAGAAUGUAUUGAACUCAAUGAAACUCGAGCCUCAAGAAAGCAGUCAGAAGGGUCAUUGCAAGUGCCAGAGAAUGCACCAUUUUUGCUGCGGUCCUGUGUUAACAGUACAUCUAAUGAGGACUUGCCUAACCAGCAUGAGAGGUCUUUCAUUAGGAAGUUUGCACACUGUCAGGAUGAUGGGAACAAGCUGCGUGGUGGAAAUGUGGAUUUUCAUAGACCGUACUCAGAAGUGGCCCAUACUGAACGUAGAUAUGAACCUAGGACAAGAAAUUAUCAUGUUCAAGAACCUGUAAGAUCAGUGCCACUAAAGGCCUGCCCUAAUGUGGAACGUUGUGAAUCCUACUCACCCACAUACCCAACAGAUUUUCAAACACCAAAGAGGGAACGCAACAAAGUACGGAACAGUGAUGAAAGCAAUGGCAGCAGUGCCCCAUCCCAUCAUUCAACUCGCAGUUACAUCAGCAUCCCACCAACAAUGCCCUCAGAGAACUACAUCGAAGCAGGGCAAGACGCCAUGUCGGUUCAUUCUGAGCUAAGCACUCCACCCCGUGCCAUGAAAUGGUUGACUAAAGAAUCUAAAGUGAACUCUAAAAAUGAGCUGAGUAGUUAUCUUUCCUCGUCUGGCACUCAGACAGAAAGUAAUGUAGAUGGCCCCAAGUGUAAAACAGUUUUUAACACACCCUGGCAGUUUGGAGGGACAUUUACUAACAGAGGUGGCAAGAUGCAGUCUAGUGGCUCAGAUGUGUGCCUUAGGGUCAUGUCCAGUGCAAUUCCAAAGGGCGAGUACAUUGACAUCUAUGGGGCAGUUUUUACAGACACCACAGAAAUCAGGAAAAAGUUUAAUUUCCCUGCUGAGGAGAGCUUGAUCACCCCACUAGUGGAGUACCAUGUGGAGCCAUCCAUGGUCUUUCUCAGGUUCUUGUCUGUACAGCUGCCGCAUGCCCUGCCAGAGGAGUUUGAUGUCAACUUCAUUAAAGUUUAUACAUUUACAACUGAUGAAUAUGGUAGAAUUUCACUUCAUUGUCUCCCACUCAAAUCUAAACUAAAUGACCCAAUGGUUGUUGAUAGCUAUUGGGAGAAAAACCAGGAUGGACAUUUUAUUGACAUCCAUACCAAACACUUUAGUGGCUACUUCUGCACUAUGUGUGAGACGUCCAGUCUGCCGUCCAUCUGUACCAUGGUCUUUGGGUCUCAUGUACAAAUCACACCCACACGCAGGGAAGUACGGGUCAAUCUGUACAUCUGGGACAGGCGGCUCACUAUCAAAGAUUAUUUGGAGAGAUUCCGUAAACAAGAGUCAGAUGUUGACAGACAGCUGCUGACAGACAUGCAGGUGCCGUUGCUUGACCACGCUUCCUCCGACAGUCGGCUAGUCAUGAAGAUGGAUGUCAUGGGUGAGGUCAAAGAUCGUCACAACUGGAGGCACAUUUCUAGACCAGAUGGCUCCAGGCCACUGUUCAAACCACUACAGGUUCGGAAGCUGAGUGAAAUUGUACACUGCUGUCGCCAGACUGAUCCUAUUCGCAUAGAAUGGGCCUUAGAGAAUAUGCCCAGCCAUGUUCCAAGUUCCAUCUUUCAGUGUUGCAUCGACAUCAUGCAUGUCCACGAAUCAACGCGAGAUUACGAGCGAGCCAUGAAUGAAGACAACGAUGAAUUAAUGCGGACGUUCUAUGUCAGAGAUCUGAAAGUCAUCAAUAAUCCCAAUCAGGUGCCUGCAGAAAAAGAACCUACUGAGUUUAAUCGUGUGGAUAUCAAACGAACACUCUCUGAGGUGAUGGACUCACAGCAGAUUGAGAUGCUAUGUCAGAAAUAUGGUGUCUCUCCUAAAGAUAUUGGAAAUCUAAGAAAAAAGUUUACUCGAGAAGAAAAUUUUAUCUUCCAUUUGGUUGAUGAAUGUUGCAAUCGUUAUGGUAAGACAAAGUUUGUCAAAGACUUGCCCCUUCAUCUGCUAAACCUUGGGCUGGGGGAUGUCAUUAACAAGUUGGAAGAUAGAAAAAUAUUUGUCGACACUUCAACAGAAACCAGCCCAACUUUACCACCUUGUGCACACUCAGAGGACACAUACUGCAAGGAGGAACACCACAUGAAUGUUUCCCCACCAAGCAGAAUGCCAAGGAAAAGUCAGCAUGGAUCCCAUGCUCCAGCAGCUCAGAGGGUUUCUACAAAAAGUGAUGAUGUGUUUUGUGAGGAACCUGCUUUAGCGAUGCAACCAGUCAACUACAAGAAGACAUCCAGCAGUGGUUCUGAUUCCGUGUUAAGGGGAACAUCAAUUAAAUCCAGAGACCAUAGUUUUGUUUCUUCAUCCUCUAACUUCAGCACAAGCAUGAUGCCACAGUUAGAUUCCAGUGAAUUUAAAGAACCAUACCCUGAUGAAUUUUUAGACGACUGUCACCACCAAACUUACAGGAAAGAGGCAGCAGUAGGCCGUAGUGUUCGUCCCAUGUGUUCUUUUGAACCUGCUGUGGGAUACACUGAACUGGAUGAGCUUCAUUUAUCCAGCAGUGGGCCCAGGGCUCUCCCUCAUCAGGGAAGCUUGGAAACCACAGAGAAAAAAUCGUUUAAUGGUGAGAAAAACUCUUCUUGUGAAAAUUACAAAGAAAAUCAAAAGUUACACAAGUCUCAACAAAAAAGCUCUGAAGAAACUAUAAAAAAAGAAUGUCACACUGUUGUUUAGACAAAAUUUAACAAAGGACCUGGUAAACUAAACUGAGAAAAUUGUUGGAUUUCAUGAUUGUUUCAUACUUAAGCUACAUUCCAAUAUGACAAAGUUGUCAUUUGUUUGUGACAAGUUUAUUUUUUGACAUAUUAAUAUUACGUUUUACUAUAAACCUAAUAUUUGAUGUCUCAAAUGUAUAUUCUUUUACAAACAGAAUUUGUAUUUUGUAUAUUUACAUUCUUUCAAUUGUAAUUUAAUAGACAGUUUUGAUAUAUAUUUAUUUCUGUGUAAAAAAAACAACAGGAAGACAAAAUAGAUCUUAAUGUGUAAAAAGAUAAAACAAUAAUGCAAGGACACUGGUAAACAAAUUCAAGAUUAAAAUGGAAUUUAGUAAUGAAAUACACAUGUCAGGAAUUUAAGCAACUAAUUUAUCAAAAGCUGAUUAUUGAUAAGUUGGCAAGAGUACGGCCCCUUGAAGGAAAUUGCUAAAAUCAAUAUUACCUAUGAUAAUGCAGCCUAAAGUAUCUUAUUUAGAAGAUACCCUAAUACAAAAGUUUUUUUUAAUAAAUUGGACCUAGUCCUGAAUAGCUUAAAUAAUUGUUACAAGCGACUGCGAUGAACUGUUUGAACAAAUAACACUGCAAUAUGACAUUUAACAAAAAAUUUCAGCACUUUGUAAGUCAAAUGGAAUUAGUUUUACAAGAUGGAAGCUUUUUAAAAAUCUUUUUAUUAGAACUUACUUUACCCAACACUUUGGGCUGAUUUUAUUUCUUAUGACCAGCAAAUCACAUUUAUAAAUUUAUAUGCAUUUAAUUGUCACAUUCCACUUUAAAAAAUGUUUUACAGUAUGUGCCUAAUUUCUUUCAACAAGUUAUCUUGAAAAACAUUUACAAUGCAGCUUAUAACUAACUUUGUUGCCUGAAGUAAAUAUCUGUGUCAUGUUUUGUUUCACAGUUCUAUGCAUUUACUUUUUAUCAUGUUUGCCCAUGAUUUGGAGAUGUUUUUGUUUUAUCCACACUUGUGUUGAGAAAAUGUGAUUUUUUAAAAUGCACUUUUUUGCUAAAAUAUAAGAUAUAUAAGAUAUGAGAAGCGUGUAUUUUUAUAAAAUAAAAUUAUAAAAUGUUUAAAAUUUAUAGCCUACAAAUCUAGCCUAUUUUGUUUAGUUAAAAUGCUGAUUAUCUCUUUAAAAAAUAAAAUAAAUAAUUAUAAAUAACUAUAUAACUAUACAAAUAAUAUACAUGUUCAUUUACAAUUUUAAGUGUUUGGAUUUAGGGUGAUAAGUAUUAAUUUUAAUAUUUCAUCUUAGUUAAAACUUUCAUUUUGAAAUAAAAAGAAUAGACAAUAUUUUUUAAGUUAGCAGUAUUUUAAAAAAUAUUCUAAUUCAACCUACCAAAUCUUUUUGUGUGUGUAUCAAUGCCCUGUAGAAUGAAGGCUACAAGCAAACAAGGUAUUUCAUUCUGCUAUAAGAUCUGGUACACUUUUGUGUUGGUAAAACACCAUAUAUGCAAAUGUCCCAGACAAAUAAAUCUUGGAGAUGAUUGUAACUGGUCACAUGACAAGACUUACAUUGGCUGUGUCUCUCAGGGCAGCAGACAAUGAUUAGCACCUCUUGUAAUAGCUGAGGUUUUGUGUGGGGGAAGAAAUAAAACCCGGGGCUAUUUAUUCUUGACAGAUUAAUUUCAAGUAAAUAACUUUUCUCUAUUGGUCUCAUUUUACUACUAGACUCUCUGCUGACUUGUGGCUUGGCCUAGAUUGUUUUGUACUGUGAUUUGUUGCGAUGAAGAGAGGAUAUAUAAACAAAUGCUCAAGACGGAAUUAAAAAUUAAUUUUGUACAAUAAAUAAAUAAUUUAUUUUAACAUACAAUAUUUUAAUUAAAUGUAUCUUUAUUUUUAAAGAGAUUUUUUUUAUCAUGCUCAGCACAUUUGUAUGUAAAUUUUUUCAAUAAUUCAGUGGAUUUUUUGAUGAAGUUAUAUUAGCCUAGAAUACUUAGAUUUACCCUACAUAGAUUUUUGUUCCAUGAAAAAGUUUAUAAAGACUGUUAAACCUUGAUUUUGAGUUUGUAUUUAAUGUAAAUUAUAUGAAAUUCCAAAUCUCUUGUAUUGUAUAUUAAUUUAUGUAUAUCAUUGAUCUUUAAAAUACAUCCGAUAGACCUUUUGAACAUCAUUGAUAGACCUUUAGGUUUUCACUGAUGAACUAUUGGGUUCUGUAUAUAUCCAUUUAAAAAAAAUCCAGAUUUUAAAUGGAUGUUACUACAGAUUGUUUACCAAUUGUUUUCUUUGUUAUGUUUAUAGAAAUAUCAGCUCCCUUUUAAAACUUAUUCAGUUCUAAAUGAAAUGUGUUACACAUGGUGUUGUUCUGUGUGAUGUCCACACCAUCACAAUAUACCAGGAUGUUCAACUUGCUGUUGUCUUGUUACACUUUAUUUUCAUGUGAUAGCAAAAACAAUAUUAUGCAGUUUUAAAUAUGGAUCUUAGUUUAAUCCAUUUCUGGACUAGCAUAAUUACAUUACAAUAAUAAUUUUUAAUACAUUAAAAUAAA